CGUUCUGUGAUACGCCUACCACCGUGGCCGCGCCUCUUGCUUGUUGCAGCGUCCAAUCCCGAGUGUAACCGUUAGUGUCGCCUGGAGUUUCGGUGGAGGAAGGAAAUAAAACAAGAUCGGGUCAUUAUGGGGGAACUAGAAGGAACGUAUCGUGUGUUACAAACUCCAGGUGCCCGUCUGGGUGCAGAACGAAGCACUGGCAUUAGCACACUGGAACCAGGACAGAACCUCAACACUGCUCUAUCCUCCUCUCCUGCCAAGAACAACAAUCAAAAUCUUUGUUCAUCUGUAUUGCUGCUGGAUGGCACAGAACUAACAGUGGAAAUUGGGCCGAAGACCGUGGGCCAAGCAUUGUUAUGCCAAGUGUUCUUGCAUCUGAAUGUGGUGGAGACGGACUAUUUUGGUAUUGAGUUCCAGACGGCACAGUCACAGUGGGUGUGGUUGGAGCCUCUAAAAUUUGUAUGCAAGCAGCUGCGCAAACCGAAAAAUGCCAAAAUGCGUCUGGCUGUGAAGUUUUUUCCCCCUGACCCUGGUCAGCUGCAGGAGGAGUACACAAGGUACCUUUUUGCUAUGCAGAUCAAGAGGGACCUUGCAGAAGAGAGGCUGGUGUGCAGUGAUAAUACUACGGCUCUACUUAUUUCUCUGCUCUUGCAGUCUGAAGUUGGGGAUUACGAUCAGAAAGUGGAUUUGGAGAAUCUGAAAAACACUCACUAUGUACAGAGACAGCACAGUCUGGAAGAGCGCAUAUCGCAGUACCACCACGAGCACAUUGGCAUGUCUCCAGCUGAUGCUGAUUUCCAGAUUCUGGAGAUCGCUAGAAGACUCGACCUGUAUGGAACCCGCUUCCACCUUGCAUCUGACCGGGAAGGUGCCAAAAUUAAUUUGUCAGUUUCUCAUAUGGGUGUACUGGUUUUUCAGGGUAACACAAAAAUUAAUACAUUUAACUGGUCAAAAAUACGGAAGUUAAGCUUCAAAAGACGACGUUUCCUCAUAAAAUUACACCCGGAAGUCCAUGGUCACUAUCAAGAUGCCCUGGAGUUCCUUCUCCCUAGCCGGGAUAUGUGUAAGAGGUUCUGGAAAAUCUGUGUUGAGUACCACAGCUUCUUCCGACUCCAGGAUCAGCCUAAGCCAAAAGCCAAGCCAGUUCUUUUAAGCCGGGGUUCCUCUUUUCGAUACAGUGGUCGAACACAGAAGCAACUGAUUGACUAUGUACGAGACACCAGCAUCAAGAGACCACCGUAUGAUAGGAGACACAGCAAACCCAGAGUGUCCCCUUGCACUGUGACUCCUGACUCUCCAAAGCAGAUCAUCACUUUCACUGAGAGUUUGAAGACUCCUCCAUUGCCUUCUCCUCUUACCCUGUCCCCUCAACCUGUAUCCAGCCCUUCUACCUUCUUCCCACAGAAAAGCAUUACCAGAGUUGAAAAUAUUCCAGCUUCUCCAUGGAAAGAAGAGCCCACCAGAAUACCAGAGACCACGGGAUCUCCAGUUCAUUCACCAUUACAAGAUUAUCAGUUGUCCCCGGUUACAUUGAGGCUGCCUUCCUCCCAUUCCCAGCCUGGCAGUUCCCCAUUGCUGAGUCCUUCAUUAAGUGACACUGGAAGUGCCAGGACAUAUGAUGCUGAAGAAUCACCUGAGAUCAAGCAGCAGAUGGAUGAGGCCUAUUACAUCACCAAAGAAAUACUGAGCACAGAAACUUCUCAUCUAAAGGAUAUUGAAGUCAUAAACGUGUGGUUACACAGGGCACUCUGUAAAAGUGGGGAACUCCAUGAGACCUUGGAACAGCAGAUGAAACCUUUAUUUUCUUGCUUGGAGCCAAUAAGACAUUUUCAUGAGGAAUUUUUGCACCAGCUGGAGGACGUCCUUAACCUUUGGGAAGGAAAAUCUGCACAUACUAAGGACAUGCAAAUACUUGGAGAUUUCAUGUUAAGGAAAAUGACUGCCUUGCGGGCAUUGCUCCCAUCAUUGCAUAAAUUAGAAGAAGUCUUUCUGGAGAUGCAAAGGAAAACUCAUAGGAAGCACGAGGUGGAUGUUCUAUUGCAGGAAUUUGAACAGCAGAGAUUAUGUUAUUUGCCACUUAGCUGUCUUCUGUUGAAGCCUCUGCAGCGCCCCCUGCAGUAUGAAAAAUUACUAGAGCGGCUGUGUCGCCAUUAUCCGCCUUCACACCAUGAUUACAACAACUGCCAAAGGGCUUUAGGUGAAGCCAAUGCGGUGAGUUCUCGGCUUCGACACCGUCUGCUGCACUUGCAGAACCUACAAAGACUGGACCAGCUUGAAAGAGACCUUCUGGGAGGAGAGCACCUAUCUUCACCAGGUCGUGAAUUUAUUAGAGAGGGCUGUCUAUACAAACUGACCAAGAAUGGCUUGCAGCCACGCAUGUUCUACCUUUUUUCAGAUAUGCUGAUAUAUACACGGAAAGGCCUGAGCUGCACUAACCAGUUUCGGGUUCAUGGACGCCUGCCUCUCCAUGGGAUGUUGCUGAUGGUAUUGGAUCCUCCAGCUGAGGACACUCAGAGUUCUGUCCCUCACUGUUUUACUAUCUACUCUGCACAAACAACUAUAGGAGUGGCUGCCAGCACACAGGUGGAUAUGAGACGCUGGCUAGAUGAUUUGAAUGCUGCUAUUAGUCGAGCUCCGAGAUACAGUGAAUUAUCUGCCCAGUCAUUACAGCAACCACUGAUCCAGACACCAGGCCAAACUCAUCGCCCUAACACGCUCAGUCAUGUGUGCUGGUACCGAAACCAGAGUGUGUCACUGCCUGAUCACAUUACUAUGAUGGAGAACCAGCUCUCUGGUUAUUUGCUUCGGAAGUUUAAGAACAGUAAUGGCUGGCAGCGACUGUGGGUGAUCUUCACCAGUUUUUGCCUUUUCUUUUACAAGACACACCAGGAAGAUGCCCCACUUGCCUCUUUGCCGCUCCUGGGAUACACAGUCAGUAUUCCGACAAAUGCAGACCCCGUUAACUGUCGCCAUGUCUUCAAACUACACUUCAAAUCGCAUGUGUAUUUCUUCAGAGCAGACAGCGAGUAUACGUGGAGAAGGUGGAUGGAGGUAAUCAGACGUGGAGUGAGUUCUCCAGGAAAAAUAGGACACUUGGCAGAGGAUGGAAGCAUGGUUAAUUUCCCUCUGUGAAGCUGACUACAAUGAACAUGUAAAGCAGUAUGCAUAGACCAUUUCCAGAAAUGUGGCCCAUUAGCGCCAUCUCUGGUUUCUGUGAACUCCGUGGUCCUACGAUGAUGGCAUUCUGAAGAGACUUAAAAGAAAUUUACGACAAAAAUCGUUAUGGGGUAACUCCACUUUUGUGGGGGGAAAAAAUAAUAUAGCGCAUAUAAUU